AUGCCUCGAGUCCCUUUCGUCAGUCGUCUGCACGCGCACGAAUAUCUGGCAGUCCUCGUCAGUCUAAUUCUUGCCGCCCUCGAGUCUGUCCUCCACAUAGUCAUUCUUUUCCUCCCAAGGCCCAUCAUCGCCUGGUUUCACGACCGUUCAAAGCUCAUCUUCCAUCGAAUCGCAGGUGCACCGGCACCCCGCUCGGCAGAACGUCGUGUCGCAGACAAAAUCAGAAAGGCUCAGGACUUUCAGGAGCUCUGUAGAAUCUUCGGCUACCACCACGAGGACCAUGUCGUCCUCACCAAGGACGGCUACUGUCUCGGUCUCCAUCGUCUUCCUGCUCGCAAAGGUCAAGCCCCUCCGCUUCCCGGUAUAGCCACCAACAAGCCUGUCGUAUAUCUUCACCACGGUCUUCUCAUGAACUCCGAGGUCUGGGUCUGCCUCACAGACCCCCAACGCUCUCUUCCCUUCGUUCUCGCCGAACUGGGCUUCGACGUUUGGUUGGGUAACAACCGAGGCAAUAAGUACUCGAAGAAAUCCAUUCACUACGACCCAAACUCCACCAAAUUCUGGGACUUCAGCAUCGACGACUUUGCAUGGCGUGAUAUCCCCGACUCUAUCCAAUACAUCCUCGACCUUACUCACGCGAAGAGCCUCAGCUAUAUCGGAUUCAGCCAGGGCACCGCUCAGGCUUUCGCCGCCCUCAGCAUACACCCGGAGCUGAACCAGAGAGUCAACCUCUUCAUCGCCUUGGCACCUGCUAUGAGUCCCGCCGGUCUGGCAGCUCCGCUCGUGGACGGCUUGAUGAAAGCUUCCCCGACACUGUUAUUCCUUAUAUUCGGCCGUAGGGCCAUCUUAUCCUCUGCUAUUAUGUGGCAGCAAAUUCUGUAUCCACCCAUCUUUUCACGUGUACUCGAUGUUUCCCUCGAUUUCCUCUUCUCAUGGCGCUCAAAGAACAUCACACCAACUCAAAAACUCGCCGCCUAUGCUCAUCUCUAUUCCUUCGCAUCCACCAAAUCCGUCGUCCACUGGUUCCAAAUCAUGCGCAACGCCCGUUUCCUCAUGUACGACGACGACGCCUACGCCCACAUACACCUCCCCUCUCCCUCCAUCUCGCUCUCCACCCCCGCCCAAAGCCCAUCCCUCAACGCCCUCUCAUCCCGCAAGACGAAGAACUCCACGGCGAACACCGGAUACAGUCCUGCCACGUUCCCCACACGGAACAUCUCGACGUCCAUCGUCUUGCUGUACGGCGAUACGGAUUCGCUGGUCGAUAUCGACACGAUGUUGGCUGCCUUGCCUCCGUCGAAGGACAGAGUCGAGGUGAGGCGCUUGCACGGGUAUGAGCAUCUGGAUGUCAUCUGGGGCAAGGACGUGCAUAAGGACGUUAUACCCCACGUCAUCGAGGCAUUGAUGCGGCAUGGGAAGGAGAAGGGGAUCGCUGGCAUGGACAGUAUUGGCGCAAUGCCCGAGGGGCUCAACGGGUUGGAUGGUGCGGAGGUAGACGGUGCAGAGGGAAUAAGCUUUGGUACGGAGAAAGGUCUGAGAACUAAUGGGAAAAGCAGCGGGUAUGGUACUAUGACGGAGACGGAGACCGAUGCAUAGCCGAGAGAGGAUUAUGGCAAGUCAUAGCGAGCAGGUAGUGGACAUGAUACCCUUAUAAUAUUUAUUCACACCCAUCUUGGCCCUACUCUACAUCUACAUCUACAUCUACAUCUACUGAUGUUCAAUCUAACUAGCAUAGGGGCAGGCCCUAGUUUGUGCCGCCAUCACGCCUAUGUCGGUCCAUAGCUUUCUCCAUCCACUGUAGUGGCAAGACUUCGCAGUCGUAUAACUAUCCACCAAUCUACCUCCGAUUCCU